AAUCUCUCUCCAAAUCCCGUCCGCUUCUUUCAAGCCACUCGCAACGCCGCUAGACCAUCCAGCUUCCUUCAUCGCAUGACGUCUAAAAGUUCAGAGCCAUCUCCAAAGGUGAAGCCUAUUCCGGCAACAGGUCAGGUUCUUUCGUCCUUUUUCCAAAAGAUACACUUUGUUGAAACCCUACGCCGCCGUUUCCGCCGAAGGUUGGAACUCACAUCCGCCUCUAAAAAAAGGGUUUGGUUCCCGGUUCAACCCUGGUUUAACCUCCGGUUCCCACCGGUUUGCUACGUAUCACUGUACUACAUUAGUACAUUGCCAACCAGACCGGUUCGGCGGUUUCUUGUUCUGACCGGCCGGUCCAGUUGGGUGUUUGAACUUUGCCCGCAAUGUAGAGGGUUGGGGUUCAACCUUCGGAUUAUAGAGGCGAUUGUAAACCCUGCAGUUCUAACCUGCUGCCGUGCAGCGGUGGCGAUAUGUGGGUGAUGGCGGUGGCUAUAUGAAGGCUACAUCGGCGUUUUGUUAGAUCUUUGUAGUAUAAACAGAAUCCGUAGAGAAGAAGAGGACUGUCUGUAAUGAGGUAUCAACCCACAGAGGUGUUGACUGACCUCUAGAAACCUGUAAUGGCUAUGGCUGGCUCAAUGGCUCGAAUCAGGAGGCUUUUCUUCCCCCUGCCAUAUAAACUGUGUUUUCCCUCAUCUCUUUGUCACUGCCAGCAACCUUCAAGAUGCUCAAAACCCAUUGCAGAUCUCCCCAGGUCAAGAUUUGUUAAUCCAAUUCUUCCACUGCAUAUUGGGUGGGAGCAGAGAAGUUUUAGUCAUGGAACUGUGAAUUUUGUGAUAUCUUCGGAUGGGAAGCCGAGAUUUGAGACUUUUGAAACAGACCCUCCAAAGAAGGAAAAAUGGAUGACAAAGAAGCGACUGAAAGAGAAGAGGAAGAGAGAGAAAAAGAAGAGAAAAGCGGCGAAUACGAGAGAUCCUAGAAAGCUGGGAGUUAGAGGAAAGAAGAAGAAGCUAAAGUUUGCUACUGCUGAAGAAAGGAUUAUGCACAAGCUUGAAAAUGCAAAAGUCAAGGAAGCUUUGCUUGUUGAAAGAUUAAAGGGAUAUAAGGUUCCCAGAAUCCAAGGUCCUGAAGUUAUGCCACAUGAACUUACUGGGGAAGAAAGGUUUUAUAUCAAAAGAAUGGCCCAGAAAAAAUCAAAUUAUGUUCCAAUUGGCAUAAGGGGUGUGUUUGGAGGUGUUAUUCUUAAUAUGCAUCUUCAUUGGAAAAAGCAUGAAACUGUUAAGGUCUAUUGCAAGCCUUGCAAACCUGGGCAAAUCAAAGAGUAUGCUGAUGAAAUUGCAAGACUGAGUGGUGGACUGCCAAUUCAGAUAAUUGGGGAUGAUACUAUUGUUUUCUACAGAGGGAAAGAUUAUGUACAACCAGAAGUGAUGUCACCAAUUGAUACAUUAUCAAAGAAGAAGGCAUGGGAAAAAUCCAAGUAUGAGCAAUCACUAGAGUCUGUGAGACAUUUUAUUGCCAUUGCUGAGAAGGAGCUUGAACUCUAUUACAGGCAUGUAGCCCUUUAUGGUGGUUCCAGUGAUCAGAGUCCACAUCCAAUCAUUAAUAGCUCCACAAGCAGAGAAGAUGGAGAGAAACUCAAGACGGCUCCGAAGGCUUCUUCAACAAGAAUGGAAGGACUAUAUGAAUCGGGCAUAGAAGCGGAUUGCUCGGAGCUUUCCGAUUACGAAGAUGAAAUUGACACAGAAGCAGAUUAUCCUAGCCAGGAGCUGUCAGAUUAGAAUGAAGGUCCAGAUGAAGACCUGUAGCUGAUUAGAGGUAUCUAUGAAUUUUAAACUCUGAAUAAUCUUGGUGUCGUGCUGGGUCUAUCACCUGCAUAUGUAGAAACUUGUUGGUAUAAAUACAUAAUGGGUUGAUGUCCUGUACUUUUUUAGUUCAAUUAAAAUGUUUCCCUUUAA